CGUCGUCACCUCUGUUUCCCCUUCUAGGUGUCUCAGGAGCUGCCGUUUCUGCACCCCAGCGAGACCAGCGUCCUGAAUCGGCUUUGCCGCCUGGGCACCGACUACAUUCGCUUCGCCGAAUUCGUGGAGCAGUACACAGGACACGUACAGCAGCAGGAUCACCAUCUGUCUCAGCAAAACCAGAGUGGAUUGCAUGGCAUUUAUUUGAGAGCCUUCUGCACAGGUCUUGAUUCAGUGCUGCAACCUUAUCGACAGGCACUACUUGACCUAGAACAAGAGUUUCUGGCUGACCCACAUCUUUCCAUCUCACAUGUUAAUUACUCCUUGGACCAGUUUCAGUUACUCUUUCCCUCUGUGAUGGUCAUGGUGGAACAGAUCAAAACUCAGAAGAUUCAUGGAUGCCAGAUAUUGGAGACAGUCCACAAACAUAGCUGUGGGGGGUUGCCUCCUGUUCGCAGUGCUCUUGAAAAGAUUCUGGCUGUGUGCCACGGAGUCAUGUAUAAACAGCUCUCUGCCUGGAUGCUGCAUGGAUUGCUACUAGACCAACAUGAAGAGUUCUUUAUCAAACAGGGCCCCUCUUCUGGAAAUGUCCCUAGCCAACCUGAAGAAGAUGACGAUGACUUAGGAAUUGGGGGACUUACAGGAAAACAGCUACGAGAACUGCAGGACCUGCGCUUGAUUGAGGAGGAGAACAUGUUAGCUCCAUCUCUAAAGCAGUUUUCUUUGAGAAUAGAAAUGCUGCCUUCAUACAUUCCUGUACGGGUUGCCGAGAAAAUCCUCUUUGUGGGAGAAUCUGUCCAGAUGUUUGAGAAUCAGAAUGUUAACCUGACCAGAAAAGGCUCCAUCCUAAAAAACCAGGAGGACACUUUUGCAGCAGAGCUACAUCGACUCAAGCAGCAGCCACUUUUUAGUUUGGUGGACUUUGAAUCAGUGGUUGACUGGAUACGGAGCACUGUUGCUGAGCAUCUUUGGAAACUGAUGGUGGAGGAAUCAGAUCUACUAGGACAACUGAAGAUUAUAAAAGACUUUUACCUUUUGGGAAGAGGUGAGCUGUUUCAGGCCUUCAUUGACACUGCACAGCACAUGUUAAAGACACCACCUACAGCUGUAACUGAACAUGAUGUCAACAUUGCAUUUCAGCAGUCUGCUCAUAAGGUGCUGUUAGAUGAUGACAACCUUCUUCCUCUUCUUCACUUAACCAUUGAGUAUCAUGGAAAGGAACAUAAAGAUACUUCUCAGACUCGUGAAGGGCCUUCCCGGGAAUUAUCCCCACGUGAAGCCCCCACAUCUGGAUGGGCAGCUCUGGGACUUUCUUAUAAAGUUCAAUGGCCACUGCACAUUCUUUUUACUCCUGCUGUUCUCGAGAAGUACAAUGUUGUGUUCAAAUACCUGCUGAGUGUGCGACGAGUCCAGGCUGAGCUACAGCACUGCUGGGCUCUCCAGAUGCAACGCAAACACCUGAAAUCUAACAGAACAGAUGCCAUCAAGUGGCGUCUGAGGGAUCACAUGGCUUUCCUUGUGGACAAUCUUCAGUAUUAUCUGCAGGUAGAUGUACUGGAGUCUCAGUUCUCACAGCUUCUGCAGCAGAUAAAUGCCACAAGAGAUUUUGAGAGUAUACGAUUGGCUCAUGAUCAUUUCCUAAGUAAUUUGUUGGCUCAAUCUUUUAUCCUCCUAAAACCCGUUUUCCAUUGUUUAAAUGAAAUUCUGGAUCUUUGUCAUAGUUUUUGUUCUCUGGUCAGUCAGAAUCUGGGCCCAUUAGAUGAACGGGGAGCUGCACAACUCAGUAUUUUGGUGAAGGGAUUCAGUCGUCAGUCAUCGCUUCUCUUCAAGAUUCUCUCUAGUGUUCGCAAUCAUCAGAUAAACUCUGACCUAGCUCAACUGCUGCUACGCUUGGAUUAUAACAAAUACUACACCCAGGCUGGAGGAACCUUGGGCAGUUUUGGUGUUUAAGCGCUGAAGACCUUUCCUUCAGGCUGUAACUAGUGAUGUGUCAAGCACUGGUGCUCUUGGACAGUUGGAGAGUUUACACUCACAUGAAUUUUUCUUUGUAGCUGGCUUUUGCCUGGUGAACUACUGUUUCAGAGGGAAUGGGCAGGAAUUGCCACUUAAGUGAGGCUGCCUAGUGAUUACAGAAGGCUAUUCCAUUUCUUCUGAACUCAUUAAAAAUACGCUUUCUGCAGCCCUGCAUAUAUUGAUAAGUGUUUCCGGGGACAGGCAAUCUGAACCUCUUCAGAAAGUGAAAAAAACAGAAUUAUGAUGUCUGGACUCUUCAGCUGGAUUAUGUUCCACUUCAAGUUCAAGUAUGGAGGAAGUAAUCUUGUUUAUGACUAUGAAAGAAGUUUUGGCUGUAUUCAGAAGUUCCACUUGUGUAGUAAGCUGAUAAACAGUACACAAUGUCUGCUAAUCAAAUACCACCAGGAAAAUGAAACUGCGGUAGCAAUUUUCUAUUGAGGUGAAGGGGGAGAGAAGAAGAAAUAGAUUU